AUGCCUGUGGUGGAGUCCCAGCAGCCUCGUUACCAAUUGGAGCCGAUCGAAAGAAUCGACAAUGCAACUCAAGUCACCCCGUCAUGGCGUUCACUGUUUUCAUUCACAACUCGAGCGCAUAGUGCUCCAAUUUCCUGCUCUGCUGCUGCAUCGAUUUUAGCUGGAAUACUGAAGCCUUGUGCGUCCAUCUUCUUGGGGAAGAUCUUCUCCAUCUUAACAAAGUUUGGCGACGGAACCUUGGAUACCAAGGCCACGCUGCACGGAAUUUCGAUAUGGUGCAUAGCAUUGACUGGGUUGGGUCUUUCAGCGUGGCUUCUCGAAGGCAUCUUUUUUUCGGCUUGGGUCAUAUUCGGAGAGCUUCAAGCGCAAAUCGUGCGACUGAAGAUGUUCGCGGGGAUGCUCGACAAAGAGCUUGAGUGGUAUGAUCUGCGGGAGGAUGGAGUUGGAUCAUUGCUGAUUCGAAUACAAACGCAAAUCCGAGAACUUCAACUGGCAGUCUCUCAGCCUCUUGGGUUACUCCUGUUCGAAGCUGUGGCAUCGCUAGCAUCUCUUGGGAUUGCAUUAUACUACUCCUGGAAGUUGACGCUUGUCAUCCUCGCAACUUUUCCCUUCAUCGGCCUCAUUUUGUUCAUCGUCUCUAAAGGGCUUGCCCCAGCCAUCGAAUCACAGAAACGAGAGCUUAGCAAGGCAUCAAAGUAUGCCAACACCGCGGUUACAGCUAUCGAUACCGUCAAGGCUUUUAAUGGACAGGAUCAAGAGAUUUGGCAGUACUUCUCCACGAUCAAGGAGGUCACCAUCUACUAUCUGUUACAAGCAAGAGCUAAUGCCCUCCAAUUCGGAAUCAUAAAGUUUUUGACCACUGGUCUUUUCGUCCAAGGUUUCUGGUUUGGCAUCUAUUUAGUAAACAAUGGCCUCGAUCCUGGCGAUGUUCUCACGACUUUCUAUGCAUGCUUAAGCGCUAUGCAAGCAAUUGAAGUCAUUCUUCCUCAGUGGUUAGUUCUAGCAAAAGGCAUGUCAGCCGGGGAGACGUUGAAGUCUAUCAUGAUUCAGAUGCAGCAUGACAGGAGAGUAACAAAAGUGAGAGAUGCGACAACGCCGAAGUCCUGUCCUGGAGACGUCGAGAUCAACAAUGUUUCCUUCGCAUAUCCAUCGAAUACGCAUCAGCUUGUACUAGAUAACGUCACAUUCUUCUUCCCCACUGGUGAAACAACAUUUGUAGUUGGAACCAGUGGGUCUGGCAAGAGUACAGUUGGAAACCUCCUCAUGAAGUAUUAUGAACCUCUCUCUGGGGAGAUCCUGGUCGAUGGCCACUCAAUACAAAAUCUUGAUAACGAUUGGUUACGACAAAAUAUCACUUUAGUUCAACAAGAGAGCGUGCUCUUCAACGAAACAAUAUUCCAGAAUAUAGCGUUUGGCAACCGAGAUAAUGCCACACGGGAAGAUGUCAGGGAGGCAUGCAAGACUGCUUAUCUGGAAGAGACAAUACGGAACAUGCCAAAUGGGCUGGACACACUGAUUGGUUUGGGCGGCAGAUCAUUAAGCGGGGGGCAGAAGCAGAGAGUUGCCAUCGCAAGGGCCAAACUUCGAGAUGCGCCGAUACUCAUCCUUGACGAAUCUACCAGUGCACUGGACUAUAUAAGUCGAAUUGAAGUCAUGGAGUCAAUCAGGAAAUGGCGCAAAGGAAAGACUACCAUCAUCAUUACUCAUGAUAUGUCACAGAUUCUGGAUGAUGACUACGUAUACGUGUUGGAUCAUGCAAAGGUAGUUCAAGAGGAUUAUCGCAAAAAGUUGGCCGACAAAUCACACGGAACAUUCGCAUCUAUUCUACGUUCUGAGACCAGCUCGGAAGCCAAGAGAUUGAGCAAGAAACCCGAACCCUCUUCUCUCACCAACGAUGUUGAGAUACCCGAAGAGGCCUAUUCUCAGCGCUGGAGCUACAUCUCCAAGGUCUUCGGUAUGCCACAAAACUCCCCCAAUAUUGGCCUGAGCUCUGGGAACGAUAAUCGUCUGUCGUUAAAGGUUGGGGUUGCACAAGCAAGUUCCUUGAGUUCGGAUCUGAUUUGGCCAUCCCCUCACGUUACUGACUCUCCUCAAACGAGCAUCAUACCGCGGCUACAUCUUUCAUUUAUGUCGCCCAGACCAUCCCCUCAAGCCCCUCCUCCAUCAUCAGCAUGGAAAGGCACGGAUUAUAACCCAAGUCCUAUUCCUUCAUCGAACUUCGAAGAUAUGAAGCAUGGAGAAUCAACGCGAGAGAAGGUUCCGGACCAUAUAACCGAGGAUGCUCAGGAGUUGCCGCCGGCAUCCUUAACCAAGAUCUUCAGCACUAUUUGGCCUAUCCUCACAUGGAAAGGGAAGAUGGUCCUCCUGCUUGGAUUCUUUGCUGCUUUCAUAGUAGCAGCCGGCACUCCUGCUUUUGCCUAUGUCUUUGCUCAGUUACUGAAUGUCUUCUAUCUUCCUCGAGAAGAUCGAACCGCCGCAGCACUGAAAUGGGCUUUGUCUCUCCUUGCCGUUGCCGUCAUAGAUGGAUCCGCCAGCUUCUGUACGCACUACGCACUGGAAUACAGUGCACAAUCAUGGAUCAACUCCUUGCGACUCGAAGCACUGAAGCGUAUUCUUGCUCAACCCAAAUCUUGGUUUGACGAGGAAAGCAACUCGCCUGGUCGAUUGAAUGAUUGUUUAGACAGGAACGCUGAAGAGAUGCGUAAUCUGGUGGGUCGCUUUGCUGGCCCUGCCUUUACAAUCGUUUGGAUGCUUGGCAUCACCGUCGUCUGGUCUCUUAUAAUAGUCUGGAAGCUUACUCUUGUUGCGCUUGGCUGCGCACCUAUUCUCUACGCCUUCACACGGCUCUUCCAUUUAGUGAGCAGUAAAUGGGAAGAGAGAUGCAAUAGAGAUGCGGACUUCACUAGCAGCAUAUUCAGCGAAACGUUCACCAACAUCAGAGUUGUCCGAGCUCUCACCCUGGAAAGCCAUUUUGAGCAGAAACACCUCAGAGCUGCGGCUGAUACCUGCAAGACGGGCAUCUCGAGAGCCGUAUAUUCAGGUUUACUCUAUGGACUCACAGACUCCCUUACCUUCUUCAUCAUAGCACUAGUUUUCUACUACGGCACCGUGCUCAUCUGCUCUGGCUCCCACUCUCUGGGAAAUGUCAUCGAAGUGGUCAACCUCCUCCUCUUUGGCAUCUCUAAUGCCACCGCCAUGCUCUCCAUGGUGCCACAGAUCACAUCCUCGCGGACAACAGCUACGUACAUGCUACGUCUAGCCAACCUCCCUCUCCACACCUCCCACGAAACACAAGGCGAGAUCCGCGUCCCAACACCCCUCCCAAUCCGAAUGAACAACCUCUCAUUCACGCACCCCAGCCAACCCUUUAUCAAAACCCUCGAUCGCAUCUCUCUCGAGAUCAAACCCGGAACCUGCACUGCCAUCGUCGGCUCCUCCGGCUCAGGAAAAAGCACCAUCGUCUCUCUCCUCCUGAACCUCUACCCACCCGAUGCCCCCUCACACACCUUCUCAGGCCCAGCACUCACCUUCCACGGGAUCCCAGCCUGCUCCUGUAACCUCCACUCUCUCCGGUCGCACAUCUCCAUCGUUCCACAAUCACCACUCCUCUUCCCGACCACGAUCCUCGAGAACAUCAUCUACGGGCUCCCCGAAUCCUCGCCCUUCCAUAGUCUAGAAGCCGCGCAGCGCGCCGCUGCUCACGCGGGUAUUCACUCUUUCAUCAUGUCUCUGGACGCCGGCUACUCGACGCUGAUCGGCGAUGGGGGCAUGGGGCUCUCGGGGGGUCAAACGCAGCGGCUCGCGCUAGCGCGGGCUCUGGUCAGACGGCCCAAACUCCUCAUCCUGGACGAAGCGACGAGCGCGUUAGAUGGCGGGAAUGCGCAGUUGGUGAAAGAGUUGGUGGGGAGACUGGUGGGCGAGGGCGUGGCGGUGGUGCUCGUGAGUCAUAGUUUGGAGAUGGUAAAGGUUGCGGAUUGCGUUUUGGUGCUGGAGAAGGGGAGGUUGGUGGAGAGUGGCGGGUUUGAAGAGUUGUGUGGAAGGGGAGGUGUGUUUGGGAGGGUGAUGAUGGGUGGUGGGACUGGGAUAGAGAUGGGGAGAGGGAGGGGGGAAAGGUUGAGAGUGGAUAAGGAGGAUGAGAAGGAGGAUGAGGAUAUUAUAACGCCGGUAGAACAGAGGAAGAGAUCAUCUUGGGUGGGUAGGACGGAAGUAUGGUGA